AUGGACCUCCAAAACAUUCCCAUGGCUUCCGUUUACUUCGCCAACAUUAGGCAAGAAAACGAUAAUGGUUUAGACCAACUUUCUGAGGUCGAACAUGAUGUUUUCUACGUAGUAUUUGAGUAUUGUUACGUUUCAUCACUCGAUCCUGAAACAAUCUUAGAAACUUUUAAUUCAUCUUUCACAUGUCGUCGUGACAUAUUUUUAUCUGAAGAGUUUGGUCCAAACACCCUACUUUACAUGUUUGCCUCCACGAUUGAUCCUACCGAUCAAUUCCUUCAAACUGUUAUUGUUCCUGAUAUCUUGUUUAUUGCACGGGAGAUUGACAAUGAGCCUGUUAACCUUGGACGUAAAGUAAUAAAGUUGAUUGUGGAAGUAAUUGUUGAGGUGAAUACUGAUGAUGGGGUUGCUCAGGCAAUUGAUGACUCAUUGAGUACAUUGAAUUUUAAGCCUGCUAGUAGGUCAUCUAUUCAAGCUUUGAAAAGGAUUAAAUGGGGUGAUGAUAGUCAUUUGCCCUUCAAGAAGAGGAGAUUAAUCGAGGGUUUGAGUUCAAAGGAAGAAUGUAGUAUCUGUACGGAUGAGUUCUUGGACGGUGACGAAGUUGCCUCGAUGCCUUGUGGACAUGUUUAUCAUGAUGGUUGCAUCAUUAGGUGGCUGGAGACGAGUCACUUGUGCCCAUUGUGCCGACGGAAGAAUUUUUCACAAAUAUUUAAUGUUCUAUAUUUGUCCUUUAUUGCAUGCAAUAUUUCUAUUGUGUCAAUUUGUUGCCUGAAAUCUAACAAUUUUUGUUCAUUGAGAGAUAAUUGGAAUUUUAUUUCUGAUGAUGAAGAAGCAGAAUUUGAGCAUCAACAACAUGCUUGGGCUUAUGCUGAUCUUGCCGAGGACAAGAAAAUGUUUAAGAAAAUUGGAUAUGAUUUGAUUCUCAAGGUUGAGUUACAUGCUAUUCAGAUGAAACUGAUGUUUUGUAAAGACAAACGAUCAGAGGACAAAUCCAUGAUAUAUCGAUAUUGA